AUGUCUCGGCCGGAAGCCGGCGCCAACGCCUCCUCCUGGGUAGCUGCUUCUCAGCGAGGCGCGGCGCUGCCUCGGGCUCCGGAAAGGAGCCCGGAGAAGGAGCCGAGCCAAGGCGGUCGCGGAGGACAGAAGGCCGGCGGAGGUGGCGGCUGGAGGGGCCACUCCGGCGUCCAGCAGCCCGUGGGCGCUGGUUUCCAGGAGCCGCCGCUCUCCUUCAGCCUGAAGAACGACUGGGUGGGCGCGGUGAUCGGGCGUGGUGGGUCAAAAAUAAAAGAGAUCCAGAGCUCAACAUACACCAAAAUACAGAUAAUAAAAGGGUACCCUGAAGCGGAAGUAAGAAUUUUUGGCACCAAGGCAAUGCAGAGCAAAGCGAAAACAGUGAUAGAUAAUCUUGUUCAAAAACAAGAAGACUACAAAACAGAACCCAAAGUUGAUGUUGCUGUUGUCCAACCUUUGGAUGGAAAAGAUGCAAGGAAAGAUGUUUCAGGAAAUAAGAAAUUCGUUGAUUGGGAUAAGUGCCGAGAAAAUAUUUUGAAAUGGAGCAAAAACAAGUGGGCAGGUUUACCUCCAAUUAAGAAAAACUUUUACGUGGAGUCAGAAACAACAAGUUCAAUGUCACAAGACCAAGCAGACAAUUGGAGGAAGGAAAAUUAUAAUAUAAUGUGUGAUGACUUGAAAGGUGGUGAGAAACGUCCUCUUCCCAACCCUAUUGGUAAUUUUGAGGAUGCAUUUCACUGUUAUCCUGAAGUUAUGAGAAACCUUCAAAAGGCAGGUUUUCAAAGGCCAACACCAAUUCAGUCACAGGCAUGGCCAAUCAUUCUACAAGGAGUAGAUCUUAUAGGAGUAGCUCAGACUGGAACGGGGAAGACAUUGACCUACUUAAUGCCUGGAUUUAUUCAUAUUGACUCACAACCUCUAGCCAGGAAUGGGCCGGGCAUGUUAAUCCUCACCCCGACUCGAGAGCUAGCUCUGCAAGUGGAAGCCGAGUGCCGUAAAUAUUCAUAUAAAGGUCUUAAAAGUGUUUGUAUAUAUGGUGGUGGCGAUAGAGAUGGACAAAUAAAAGACUUAGCGAAAGGUGUCGAUAUCAUUAUUGCCACUCCCGGAAGACUCCACGAUCUACAAAUGAAUAACUUUGUGCACCUGAAGAGCGUAACCUACCUGGUAUUAGAUGAAGCUGACAAGAUGCUGGAUAUGGGAUUUGAACCCCAGAUAAUGAAGAUUUUAUUAGAUGUACGCCCAGAUAGGCAGACAGUUAUGACAAGUGCAACGUGGCCAUGUGCUGUCCGUAGACUCGCACAAUCUUAUUUGAAAGAGCCCAUGAUUGUGUAUGUUGGUACUUUGGAUCUAGUUGCUGUAAGUACCGUGAAGCAAAAUAUAAUUGUCACCACAGAAGACGAGAAACAAUCGCAUAUCCAAACUUUCAUCGAGAGCCUGUCUCCCAAAGACAAAGUCAUAAUAUUUGUUAGCCGGAAAGCUGUGGCUGAUCAUUUAUCAAGUGACCUGAGUAUCCGGCAUAUAUCAGUAGAGUCUCUGCAUGGCAACAGAGAACAGAGUGAUCGAGAAAGAGCAUUAAAAAACUUUAGAACAGGGGAAGUGCGAGUACUGAUUGCUACCGAUUUAGCAUCUCGUGGUCUUGAUGUCCAUGAUGUCACACACAUCUAUAAUUACGAUUUUCCCCGGAACAUCGAAGAAUAUGUGCACAGAGUAGGGCGCACCGGGAGAGCAGGGAGGACCGGGGUAUCUGUUACCCUCAUCACUAGAAAUGAUUGGAAGAUUGCCGGUGAAUUAAUUAAUAUUCUGGAAAGAGCAAAUCAGAGUGUCCCAGAGGAUCUUGUGGUGAUGGCUGAGAGAUAUAAAGCAAAUAAACUGAAAAAAGAAAUGGAAAAUAAAUGGGAAAGACCCCAAGGAAAACCCAAGAUGUUUUAUUAUUAA